AUGAGCCAACUAACAGAUUUAAGGUACCAUCCUAUGUGCAAGGAUGUGAAACUCACUCACUUAACUAUUGCAGAUGACUUAAUGAUCUUCUGCAAAGGGGAAGAGUUAUCUGUACUAAGAAUUAUGGAAGCUUUAAGACAUUUUUUAGAUGUCACAAGUCUAAAUGCUAACUCAGAUAAAUCUAGCAUUUAUGUGGCAGGUGUGGAGGAGGAAACAGAGAACAAGCUCUUGGAAAUAACUAGAUUUAAGAUAGGUACCUUUCCCGUGAAGUACCUAGGUUUGCCUCUAUCACCAAAGAAGUGGAACAAAUUGGAUUGCCACCAACUUGUGUUGAAGAUCACUAAAAAGAUCAGAGCAGUCUUAGCUAGGCAUUUGUCCUAUGCAGGAAAGUUACAAGUCAUAACCUCAAUACUAUUUUCUUUACAUAAUUUCUGGGGAGCUGUCUUUAUACUACCACAGAGUGUAUUAAAGAAUGUAGACAAGAAAUGCAGAGACUUUCUUUGGGGCAAUAAUGAGAAGGACAAGAAAAUGGCACUAGUAUCUUGGGAAACAGUGUGCAAACCAAAAAAGGAAGGGGGUCUCAACAUAAAAAGCAGUAAGAAAUGGAACUUGGCAUUUGUGGGGAAAGUUAUAUGGUUGUUGGUCAAUAACAAAGAACUCUUAUGGGUCAAGUGGAUAUAUGGAAUAUAUAUGAAGCAAAAUGAUGAUUUCUGCACUCAUGUCCCACCUAGUAGCAGUAGUUGGUACUGGAAGAACCCUAACAAGAUCAAAUUAGGUAUGCAGCAAUGUUACAAUAAUGGCACCUGCAUAUUGACCACAAUUGGAAAGUACUCAGUAAAUCAGAGUUACUUGGAUAUUUUAGGACAAGGUGCUAGCAUGGGUUCCUAUGAUCUUAUUUGGAGUAAAAUACUACUGCCUAAGCAUAGGUUUAUCCUAUGGUUAGCUUAUCAGAAAAGGCUGCUGACUAAAGAUAGAAUGCUGGGAAUGGGAUUCCAAUGUGAUGAUGCACACUGUGUGCUAUGCAAGAAGCAAGAAGUUGAGGAUAAUUGUUACGCCCUAUUUUGA